GACGGAUUCAGAUCUCGUGAUAUUACUGGUCUCAGCAAAAUUGCUUUGCAUAGGGGCCCGGGGCUCCCUCCGGUUCAUCCUGUAGUUCUGCUGCGCGAGGUUAGACACCCUUUUAUCAGAUUGGCACCUCCUUCUAUCUCUUCAUGGCUUUAACGCGAAGUCCCCGGUGGUUUGCGAAAGGCGUUGCAGACUUGGCAAACUCCCCGUGGCCGCCCACUCUCCGUGGUCGGGUCUGGCUGGCUUCUCCGCGCCUGAUUAGCAGCCCCGAGCCUCCGACCUUUGGCUCCAGCUUCGGCGUCCUCUCCAAACGGGCCGCCGCCGCCUCCUCCUCCUCCAUGGCCGUGAGCUUGCGCUGGAGUCCCGGGCCCCGCAGCCUGUGGGACGAGCCGCUGGCCAUCUCCGUGCACGGUCUGGCCCCGGCCCAGCCGGUCACCCUGCGCGCCUCCUUCCGCGAUGAGAAAGGUGAGCUCUUCCAGGCCUCGGCCCGCUACCAGGCGGACGCGGGCGGCCAGCUGGACCUGGCGCGGGCGCCCGCCCUGGGGGGCAGCUACAGCGGCGUGGAGCCCAUGGGGCUCUUCUGGAGCAUGAAGCCCGCCAAGCCCUACUGGCGGCUGGUGAAGCGGGACGUGCAGACCCCAUUCCUCGUGGAACUGGAGGUGUACGACGGUCACGACCCCCAGCCCACCAAGGUGAUGGCACAGGUGGUCCACGAGCGGGGCUUCCUGGGGCCGGGGGUGAAGAGGAUCCCGGUGCGAGAGGGCAGCGUGAGGGCCACCCUCUUCCUGCCUCCAGGCUCAGGGCCCUUCCCUGGGAUCAUCGACAUCUUUGGAGCUGGAGGUGGCCUGUUGGAAUACAGAGCUAGUCUGUUGGCUGGACAUGGUUUUGCUGUGCUGGCCCUGGCAUACUAUGCCUUUGAGGACCUCCCCAAAGACAUGAAGGAACUUCAUUUGGAAUACUUUGAAGAGGCUGUCCAGUACCUGAAAAACCACUCCCAGGUAAAGGGUCCAGGAGUUGGGCUGCUUGGAUUUUCUAAAGGGGGUGAUCUGUGCCUCUCCAUGGCCUCCCAUUUGAAGGACAUUACAGCUACUGUCACCCUCAAUGGCUCCAUGGCAAAUGUAGGGUCUGUGCUACACUAUAAGGGUAUGACCAUUCCCCCACUGGGUAGUGACCCAAAACGUAUCAAGAUGACUAAAGAUGGAUUUGCAGACAUUGUUGAUGCUCUCAACAACCCUUUGGAGGAACCCAACCGAAGAAGCUUAAUUCCAGUCGAGAAGGCUGAGAGUUGCUUCCUGUUUCUCGUUGGUCUGGAUGACCACAACUGGAAAAGUGAAUUCUAUGCCAACGAAGCUGCCAAAUUGUUACAAGCCCAUGGGAAGAAAAAACCCAAGAUUAUCUGUUACCCUGCAACAGGACACUAUAUUGAGCCCCCAUAUUUCCCUGUGUGUCCGGUUUCCUUUCACGCUUUGGUGGGAACACUUGUGAUCUGGGGAGGAGAAGUUAGUGCCCACUCCAUGGCCCAAAUCGAUGCUUGGAAACAACUCCGAGCCUUCUUCCACAAACAUUUAGGAAAAGAUUAGAUAACAAAUCCCCCAAAUUGCAACUCACCAUUUAGAAUUGAAAAUGGUAUGUGCUAAGGGUGUGUUGAGAUGAUACCAACUAGAGAGAUUAUUUUUAGAAUAAUUGGAAUAGGGUUUUUCUUCUCAUCAUUAAGAUAAAGUGGAAAGUAAUAAUAAUUUUAAAGCUCUUAAAGUUUUUUUUUUAAGUAAACAGUUUUCCCCCAGGAAUAAAAGAAUAAUUUUGUGAAACAUAAGAAUGGUGAGAGAGUACUUAUUUUACAUGGGAUAUAAACUCCAUAAACUCAUAGAAUUGUCAGGGACCUCCUAGGCCUGUACAAGUUGCUUAAAAAUUUCUUAGAAAUAUUCUCUCUGUGCCUUAAGAAAGUUAUCAGAUCUUAAAAAUAAACAAAUAAGAUACUAGGUAUAGGAUCUAGUACCAAAUAAUGUGCUGGUCAUAGCAAAAGCCUUAUCUUUACCUGUUUAUAGAAGUGGUCCAAGUUUGGCAUCUGGUCCCAGGAGCUAGGAUACCCAAGUAUAUUUGGUACUAAAUGACUAUAUAGAAAAGUACAAAAAAGGGAGGGGAUGAGGAGGUUCAGUCACUUUCUUAGGCUGGACAAGUGGAUCACCAAAGGCAGGGAAGUGUGCUCAUCUGAAUUAAGGAUGUAGCCUCACCAAAUACCUUUUUUCUGUUCUCAAUAUCUUUCCCCUGCAAUGGCUUGUCAGUUAUUCUACGAGUAUCUGAUUUUGUUUCAAUCCCAAAUCUGAGGUAGCAGACCAGCCCAGAUCAGGCCUGGUCUAUUAUAUGUGUUCACCUGUAGGUGGCAGUGGGCAAAUAGAGUCUUUCCCAGCCCUGCCCUACUUGUGAGCCAAAGAAGAUAGAAUUUCAGUGUAGGAGAGGAAUACCGCAUCAUUUCCUUUCCCUCCCUGUCAGCACCGUGAUGCCUUUGUAUCUGUCCCCUACCUCCAAGCCUCUCUGUUCCUUUCCCCAACACUUAUUCCACUCCGCCAUUUACAGGAUCUCUUGUAUCAAUGAACCCAUUCUAUACCAAUACAUAACAGCCCAUCUCUACAUCCCAAGACCUCUAAUGUACUAUAAAAUUAAAAACUGAUUUUAAUUCUA